GCAGGGGAUGCCAGAGCGGGGACAGCAGUGUCCAUGGCUGGUGCCUGCCUCGUGACUGAGAGUGUGCGCCAUGCUCGGUCCCCUGGCUGCGCGGUCGCCGGCACAGCAGCCUCUGUCGUGGUGGCCACAGGAGAGCUCGGCGGGGCAGCUGCACCUGACGGGGUCGGCCCAGAGACUGCGCUGGACCCAGAGACUGGGUGAACUGGGCUGGACACAAGUGCCUUCACAUACUAGCUCCACAUGCUGCCUUUUUGACAGGAAUGUCAUGCUGAGGAACACCACAUUGGUGAGAAUGGGUAACAAACCACGCAGAGCAACACAUGCAUGAAACGGUCAUUCCACAUUUCCCCUGCACGUUCUCCUAGAUCAUUGCAGCAGCCUAAGCCAUCCCCCUCACCCACGCAAUUCCCUGGCUAAGCAACAGCCAAAGCCUUGCUGUGUAGGACAGGAGGCACGACUUCCCUCCCUUAGCCUAGGGCUGACAGUGCUGCCCCGAAGGACCCUCCCACUUCGUAGCCUGAGGAACAAGAAGCCCAGAAGCAAGACAAGAGGCAUUCUAACCCACUCGUCCCAUCCUGCAGGACAGUGCGAAGGGCUUUGAUGCAAAGCGCGCAGGAGUCAAUGAGAGCCCUUCCAGGGACUGCGAUGGACUUUGCGUCAGUUGGCGAAUGGAUAGUCCUCAGUAAUUCACAGAUGAUUAGAGUACAGGGCCAGGACAAACCAGUACACCCCUCAUGUACGGCACAGUGGCUUUCAUCCCGUAAUUCCUGCAUUUUGUGAGGAUCCCCUACAUAUCUGGGAGGAUGGAGUUCCCUCCUCCAUCCCGCCAUGCUCAAGGGACUCUUCUCCCUAGGUUAACCAGACCCCCCUGGAUCUCAAGCCGAUUCGCUCUUGGGGCUUCCCAGAGAUUAACUUCUUAGACAGGACUCUGCAGCGGAGGGGAAAUCCUUCAUUCCAGACAUGCUUUGCGUAAUCUGUCAGAUCGGAAUCAGCAUCCUCAGAAUUUAGUAAACCAAUUACCUGGAAAUUCCAUUUCCAAGGAGCUCAAUAUGCUUAAUGCCGUGUAAUCAGCCUUGUAGAGGCGAUUCCUCCACAGAGUGCAUUAUGAGCCUGAGUGCACAAUAUGGUCUAGUAAUCACACCAUUUCCUGAGCUCCCUUCACUCCCCUCUUGGUUCAGAUCUCGCCAAACACUAGCAGGGCUUUGCAGUGCCGACUCGCACGGCAGAUACCAACACGCGGACACAGCAAGGGUUUUCACACCCAAAAGAAGGAAUGUAGGUGAUGGUCUGGUUCGCCCUCUAUCCCCACCCAGCACUGCAGAGACCCUCCAAUACCUGGACACUACAGCAACAGUGGGGAGGGCUAUUAAUCGCCAGCAUCAAGUUCCCUGUCAAACCAGUAACAGUGCAAACACAGGUCUUCAUCUGCCUUAGAAAGGCAAAGAAUUCACAACCUUCAUUUUGUCAGGCCAUGUGGUUUAUGUCAAGGAAUGGGCCUUGGGCUACUGUAUACAAGGGGAAGGCCAAGCAAGCACCUAUCCAGACCAAGAACAAGCAGCCACAAGGGAGACGAACAGGACACACAUAUCUUGGACUUUGCUGGUGCCUGCGGGCAAGGACGAUACGCAGCUGGGAGUGGGGCGAUGCAGAGGCUGGUCACACCAACGUGAAGAGACGCUUGAGAACCCUUUACACAAUGCAGCCUGGCAGACGCCUCUCCCCCCAUAAUCACGACCCCAGUUUCAUCACUAACUCAGCAAGAGACUCGCUUCCUAACCGGAGCCCAUCGGAGCUGCAGAGGAUCAUGCAGCUUCUCCUUCACCAUUUCUCUCUUCUUCAUACAGCAGAUCCCAGACACGCAGCAGCCUCCAUUUUAAAUUGCCCUGCACACUCCCUUUGCAGUGGCCAGUUCUUCCCAACGUGGAAUGGCUGUGCGUGGGACAAGGGCUCCUUUUCUCUGGUGUAUUUCCCAUUCUCCCAGGUCUUGAGACCCACGUACCCAUUUAGAUCCAUCCAGGGUCAGCCCAGGGUACAACACUGCCCGUUCCCAGGAACGCGGUCGCUCCUGAGGACAUCCCAAAAUUGUCUGCCAUGUUCCAGAACUAUUUUUGUAGGCAGCAGGGUCUGGAUUCUCACGCAGCUCUGCCCCCCAUUUCCCUUUUCCAGGUCCUCCACGUACCCAGUGCUUCAGUGCACGCAGUCCCCUCCUCUGCUGCUCUGGAUACAGUCCUGCUCCCCCUUGCCACUGCAUUAGAAAUUAAUCAGGUUACAAGGGAACAGCCCCCAUUGUUAAUAACAAAACUGAGCUGUCUGUGAAGGACAUACAGGGCAGGUAACUACCCUGCUUAAGAAAUUAAGGGGACUUCCUACUCAAAUGGCAAUUUCCUUGUAAACAGCGUAGCCAUGCUCCCUGGUAGGUAGUGACAGUCUAGCGAGGUACGAGUAACUCUUCCCUGUCUGGUAUGCAGGGUGUGACAAAGUGGGAAUGUUCUUAAUGUUUUCUCUGAAUACUCAGCUCCUCCUAUGCCUUUCUUAAGUAUCUAGGUGGUAGGAUAAGGGGGUGUGAUUGCUGUAGACCCCUAGAGGGCAGGGAUGUGCAGGGAUCUGCACAGAGAACGGCCGACACCCUGUCUCCUGAUGGCCUGGGUCCCUCCCCUGCAAAGGUGCCAACUGAAGGUGUGGGAGAACAAAGAUCAGGUGGCUUCCUGGCCUGGGAAAAAGACAAAGGCCAGGAGGGGCUGGAGGGGUUUUCAGUCUGGAGCUGGCUGGGGAAAUGGAGGGAGGCCCAGACGGGGCUCUGGGCUCCCUGCCCGCAAGAUGGACUUGACUCAGGGGUCCUGGUCUCUGUACCUACAAGCUCUGGUUUAGACCGUGUUCCUGUCGUCUAAUAAACCUUCUGUUUUACUGGCUGGCUGAGAGUCCCGUCUGACUGCCGAGUUGGGGUGCAGGACCCCCUGGCUUCCCAAGGAGCCCCGUCUGGGCGGACUCGCUGUGGGAAGCGCACGGUGCCGAAGGGGAGGCUGAAUGCUCUGAGGCCAGACCCAGGAAGGCCGAAGCUGUGUGAGCUUCUUGCCCUGGAGACAGUCUGCUCCCAAAGAGGAGGCUCCCCAGAGUCCUGACUGGCUUCGUAGGGAGCAGUUUCAUAGCAUCGCCCAGUGACUCCGUGACACAGGGACAGCCCUCGGCAUACUCCAGGGACAGGGUCCAACCGGGGAAUGGGCUUGCACAAUGACAAGCAAGUGUCCAUGAGGCUCUCCCUCGGGAGGGGUCCUUUCCGCCAGAGGCAGGCAGCCUGAGAAGCCCUGGUGUUUUGGGAGCCUCCAGGAUAAAGAGACAGGAUAUGGCCAGCAGCACAUCCGAGUGCUCCUGUGAAGCCAGACCAGCAGCUUCACUCAAAGGAGCCCCGUAUUGAGUAAAGGAAGCAUUCAAUCCCUUACCAGCAAGUGCCCUUGAUAGUCAGAGAUUCAGGCCCACGGUCUCAUGUAUGAUUUACUCCAAAGCAGAGCUUGCCACGGGAGAAGCUUGCACACUUCGUAUGUCUAUAAUCUAUCCAGUUUCAAUUUUCAAAAUGGUGAGCAAUGGGCUGAAGAUGCAUGUGGCACCCAAGAGAGAGGAAACCACAGAAAAUCUUCUCCAGUCCCCCGGAGGAGGAACUGCUUACACCAUCCAAGUAAGGGUCAGCGUUCUCCUCCCUGUCAUUCACAAGGAAGACCCCUGGGUACAGCAUUGGUUACUACGAAAGGAAGCACACCCACCUGGACUCCUCUCGGACUAACCGUCACAACAACAAAGAGCCUCCGGUCCUUACGGGUCUGUGUACAGUGCAAUCAGGAGGUGCGACGGCAGCACCCGCAGACAUAACUGUGCUAGCUUUGGUCGAGCUCACUUGCUGAGAAUAGCAGUGUAGCCUAGUUGCGGGAGUACAAUCUGGCCCAGCACGACUAGCCCUCACCGCCACAGCUAGCAAGCCAAUGCAAACAAAGCUAGCUCGGGCACGCCUGCACCUGCCAUGAUCACAUCUUAGACAUACCCUACGCCGUGCGGUUAUAGCAGCUAUGUACCAUUCCGGGGUGGCUGACAGAAUAGGAGAUUGCCCAAGAAUUCCGUGUUUCCUUUAGCUGGCAAAAGAAUCAAUGUUCUUUCCUUCAAGUCUCAAUUAUUUUCACUAUGUUUAAAAUUAUCUAUUUUAUUUUUAUACUUGUAAAAAAUAAACAAUUCAAAGAAAGAUACAUGCCUUAAAGCAAACCGCUGCAGCUGCACUGUACCUCUAUGGCUGUCCCCACCUAAUCCCCUCCUUCAUGCCAUAGCUACACCUAUGUGCUUCUCUUUAUACACUCCGAGGAGCAACUUUGCUCUGAAUGACACUACUCACAGCGUGUAAAGCCAAGCAGGUGUGUAAGUCCUUACAGGAUUGAAACAGACAGCAAGGUCUGUGGGAUAGGGCCUGUGUUCUCUAUGAACCCAAACACACCUGAGUGCUAUAAAAUAAUAAAUUGUAAUAUCCUAAAUACGAGCAGUCCAUUCUAGAUUUCUACAAGUAUCAAUUUUCCUCCAUUUGGCUACAAAAAAGUACGAGAGAUCAAUUUAAAAAUUAAAUAUACAUUUGCUAUAGCUUAACGCAUGCUUUUGGCAACACUCCAAAAAUACUUCCAGGGACAGAAUAUACUAGUUUACUCCGAUAAGACAUAUUUUCCACUGUAUUUUUAAAAUGUAGUUUGAAUAAGUUUGCCACUUAAAAUAUUAGUUGACAUAGUAACAAUGCCAUAUUUAUGCUUUGUUUGAAAAGGAACUGAUGUGAUGUCACUUCUAGAAUAUUUUUUGUAACCGAUACAUCAAACCAUGAAAAUAGGCUACAAUUAAUUGAAUACAGAAUGCAUUUUUCUUUUUCUUUCCAUAAUGUUUCCAUAUUCACCAUUCACCCUUGUCAGACUACACUAGAAAAGUGGCACACUGCUAGGCUCAUUUGAGAUCUUGACAAACAAAUAUAAAGAUCAAGGAAAUGAAUUCUUCAAACUUUUAAAAUAACUCGAGUGAAAUAAUAUUGUUUAAAAACAAACGCUUAGAUAUUUCGAUCCACAAGUUUCUUCUUUCUAUCAGAUGACAACAGAGUUUUGUUGCAGUCACCUUCUGACGGUGCAUCUGCAUUCCCUCUCCACCACGGUCAACGCACUGUGUUAUCUGAAAGUGCAGCGUAGCUAUCGCAUUCUUACACAUGAAACCAAAAAGGGAACAAACCCGUGACACAAUCUGCUAGAUAUUUUGUACUGGUAACUACAUAUGUCAGAGCUUCAGCAGGGAUGCCAGUACUAAAUCACUGCAUUUUAGCCAUCUCUCUGCUUUCUUUUAGGAGUCUUUUGGUUUGGUUUAAAUCGGAACCUAUUCUCCAUACAGUAACUCCUCACUUAAAAGUCGUCCCAGUU